AUGGAAAACGAAGGGAACGCAGGAACGGGAAGCAGUUCAAGGUGGAAUCCAACGAAAGAUCAGAUAACGCUGCUUGAGAACCUUUACAAGCAAGGCAUACGAACCCCGAGCGCCGAUCAGAUACAGCAGAUCACCGGUAGGCUCCGUGCUUACGGCCACAUCGAGGGUAAGAACGUCUUUUACUGGUUCCAGAACCAUAAGGCCAGGCAACGCCAAAAGCAGAAACAGGAGCGCAUCGCUUACUUCAAUCGUCUCCUCCACAAAACCUCCCGUUUCUUCCACCCUCCACCUUGCGCAAACGGCACGUAG